AUGAAAUACAGCAUUCAGCUUGUCUCGUUCAUUAAGAAUAGCCCUCUCGAGAAGCUGAGGUCAAUUAAUGCGAAUAGUCCAGUGGUUGUACGCGGCAUCGUACAGCCGAAGAAGGGAAAGGGAUCGGAUACCGAGCAAAGCGACUGCUGGGAGGUGCACAUUGCGGACAUUGAUCCUCUGAAUGAAUUCCCUAAAGACAUUAUCAUGACUGCAGAGACUGCAUUUGCUCCGGAACACAGAUAUCUUCAACUGCGCUCCGACAGUGAACUCCGGGACGCCCUGCGAUUCCGCGCCCAAGUUCGCAAUAUAUGCAGGGAAGAGCUGGAACAAUGUCGGCCUCCUUUUGUGGAGAUCGAAACGCCUCUUCUUUUCAAGUCAACACCAGAGGGUGCUCGCGAGUUUCUGGUGCCGACUCGGAGGCGUGGUCUGGCUUACGCCUUGCCUCAGAGCCCUCAGCAAUAUAAGCAGAUCCUCAUGGCAAGUGGGAUACCAAGGUACUACCAGUUUGCGCGCUGUUUCCGCGACGAAGAUCUCCGAGCGGAUAGACAACCAGAAUUCACUCAGCUCCUCGCUCAGCUCGAUCUGGAGAUGUCUUUCGCUACAGGAGAGGAUGUUAUGCGGACAGUUGAAGGCAUAAUCCGCAGGCUUUGGUCCUUUUUGAUGAAAGACGAGGCCCCCUCUGGACCUUUCCGGAGAAUGUCAUACCAGGACGCAAUGAGCCGCUAUGGGUCAGACAAACCCGAUACAAGAUUUGGAAUGGAGAUUUUCAAGAUCGACUAUCUUCUACCUGUCGACCUGGUCAACAAGAUCACUCCGUUGACCGACCCCAUCAUUGAGGCCUUCAAAUUCGAAGGCAACGACAAUGAUCCCGUUGCCACCUACGAGUUCAUCAAUCAAUUCCUCGACUCCCCAGCUGGUGCUCCAUUUAACAACAAUCCUGAAGGUGGCCCGGGUGUCUUCGUGUACGACGCCAAGAAGCCUUUGUGUGGCCUCCAGCCAUUCGGUUUUGAAGCUGCUGAACGCAUUGAGGAACUCCUGGACCCCGAUCACGGCGAUCUGAUUGUCAUCCAAGCCCGUGAAAGAGCCCCCUUCGCCGGUGGCUCCACUCCAAUUGGCGACCUUCGCCGCGCACUCCACACCGCUGCAGUCUCGUCCGGAUUCAAGCCCGCUCCCACGGGGUUCGACUUCCUCUGGGUGGUCGACUUCCCCCUAUUCUCGCCCUCCAGUGAUUCGGAACCAGGCCAAGGCGGUGCAGCGGGCAUCUCAUCCACACACCACCCCUUUACGGCCCCUAAGACCGCCGCAGACGUCGACCAGCUCUUGACGGAUCCCACAAAGGCGGUGGCCGACCACUACGACCUCGUCGUGAACGGAGUCGAAUUGGGCGGUGGCAGUCGCCGUAUCCACGACGCAGCCGUGCAAGAAUUCAUCCUCCGAGAUAUCCUCCAAAUGAGGCCCGAGAGGCUGGCCGACUUUUCCCAUCUGCUGGAUGCCUUGCGGGCCGGUUGUCCGCCGCAUGCUGGACUGGCGCUCGGCUUCGACCGGCUCGUCGCUGUCAUGCUGGGCAAGGAGUCGGUGCGGGACGUCAUUGCAUUCCCUAAGACGGGCAAGGGUGGCGAUGAUGCCAUGGUCAAGGCUCCUAGCAUGAUGACGGAAGAAGCAUUAGAAACUUACCACCUUCGUUUAAAGGAUGAAUGA